GCAGAAGCUGGAAUGAUGACAACUGACAGCUCUGAUCCCAUUCUCUUCUCCGAAACAGCCUCUCCCCGCCAUUUCCUCUCUCCCCAUCCCACCUCCUCUGUCGGAUCAGAAGUAGAGGCCAGGUCCUGUCCCGGUGGCUGGCUGUACUACCAUCACCACUGCUAUGGGUUCUUCCCCGGAAAAAUGACCUGGGCAGACGCUGAGGUGGAGUGUCAGCAGCAAGGCAAGGGGGCCCACCUCGCCUCCAUUCUCAAUGAGGCAGAAGGGAACGUGGUGGCCAGAUACAUCCAGACGUCAGGCUCCAGGGAUUCUGUGUGGAUCGGACUCCACAACCCCCAGCAUAACAAUUGCUGGAAGUGGACAGAUGGGUCGCUGUAUCACUACAGUGCUUGGAACCCUGGGGAACCAAACAACGUGGGUAACGUUGAGUACUGUAUCGAGCUGCUAAACUACAGGGGUUUUAAGAAAUGGAAUGAUAUUACCUGUAACAACCACAACACCUACAUUUGCAAGUAUGAACUCUAGCGAGGGGAGUCGCUCGCCUGCGCCUGAAGGGGGAGCUCAGCACCUGGGAUGCAAAAGACCUGGGCUCCUUGGGUAUGAUCAGGCAACGUCCCAGACAUUCGGACGCUUUUGCUACUUCAAGGACCAGUCCCCUCCCUCCCUGAGAGACCAGAUCUCACUUCCCCAGCUGCAAACUCUCUUCCCCCAAGUGUCUCUGUUCGAGUUACAUUCCUGCCCCUUCCCUCCCUUGCCCUCAAUGUCUGCAUCCCACUACAAUAAUAAACUCUCCUGAGCAUGCAGUUCUGUGUCUCU